UCUCUCUCUCUCUCUAAAUCUCCGCUGUUUCUUCUAUAUAACUUCUGGCCGGCCACAAACACUACACCAUCUCCCCCAUCGUCACCCCCACCACCACCACCAUGGAAGCCAUUCCUCCCCGUAACAAUCCCGAUCUCGAAAACGCAAUCCCCUGUUCUUAUGCUCCACUUCCAGAUGAGGAAUCACAGCCAGAGAUCCAAACAACUCGCCGGAGACCCGUGAAGGUUUUCGCCUCAAUCUUCACGAUUGUCUUCUUCCUUGCUAUGUUCAUAUUGUUAUUGGGAAGCCAGAGAUCGGAAACCCCAGAAACAAUAGAAGGAGAAAUUUCCUCAUCGGCGGCGUCGGAGAUUUCAAGGUCGGUAUCUCGAGGAGUCUCACAGGGUGUGUCAGAGAAGGCAUUCCGACUUUUCUCCGGUGAUAGUGAUGUUUACUCUUGGACCAACGCUAUGCUGUCUUGGCAGAGAACUGAAUACCAUUUUCAACCAGAGAAGAACUGGAUGAAUGAUCCUAAUGGCCCAAUGUUCUACAAGGGGUGGUAUCACCUGUUCUACCAGUACAACCCAGACAGCGCAAUCUGGGGGAACAUAACCUGGGGACAUGCCGUAUCAAAGGACCUUAUCCACUGGCUCUACCUGCCCUUGGCCAUGGUCCCUGAUCGCUGGUACGACAUCAACGGUGUCUGGACGGGUUCCGCCACCCUCCUCCCCAACGGCACCCUCCUCAUGCUCUAUACCGGUUCAACCAACGAAUCAGUUCAGGUUCAAAACCUGGCUUAUCCGGCCGACCCCUCCGACCCUCUCCUUCUUCAUUGGGUCAAGUACCCUGGCAACCCUGUCAUGGUCCCACCCUCAGGAAUCGGCCAGACUGACUUCCGAGACCCAACCACGGCCUGGUACGCCCCGGACGACGUCUGGCGAGUUACACUGGGGUCAAAGGUCAACACUACGGGGAUCUCCAUGGUCUACACAACCAAGGACUUCCUCUCCUACGACCUCAUCGACGGUGUCCUCCACGCCGUUCCGGGAACUGGCAUGUGGGAGUGCGUUGACUUCUAUCCCGUCUCGACCACCGAAGAGAACGGCCUCGAUACGUCGGUGAACGGUCCCGGAGUGAAGCAUGUCCUCAAGGCCAGCCUCGACGACGACAAGAACGAUUACUAUGCCCUCGGGACCUACGAUCAGAAGACCGAUAAGUGGACGCCGGACAACCCUGAGCAGGAUGUGGGUAUCGGAAUGAGGUACGAUUACGGCAAGUACUACGCGUCGAAGACGUUCUAUGAUCAGAACAAGCAGAGGAGGAUUCUUUGGGGUUGGAUUGGUGAGACCGAUAGCGAGAAUGCCGAUAUUGACAAGGGCUGGGCUUCCGUUCAGAGUAUUCCGAGGGUGGUGGUGUUUGACAAAAAGACACGGAGCAAUAUUCUUCAGUGGCCAGUGGAGGAAGUUGAGAGCUUGAGGAUUAGGAGUCAGGAAUUCAGCAAAGUGAAGGUCGAUGCUGGAUCUAUAGUGCCUCUUGACAUCGGUGAAGCCACACAGUUGGACAUAAGGGCCGAGUUUGAGAUUGAAAAGGAGGCUUUGGAGGGAGCCAUUGAAGCUGAUGUAGCAUACAACUGUGGCAGCAGCGGUGGGGCUGCUGGUAGGGGUGUAUUGGGACCGUUUGGUCUAUUGGUUCUUGCAGAUAAAAGUCUCUCUGAGAAGACGCCUGUGUAUUUCUACCUGGCUAAGGGUAAUGAUGGCAAUGUCAAGACAUUCUUCUGCAGCGAUGAAUCAAGGUCUUCCCAGGCCGAUGAUGUAGGUAAACUUGUAUAUGGAAGCACAGUUCCUGUGCCUGAUGGUGAAAAACUAUCUAUGAGAUUACUGGUUGAUCAUUCCAUUGUCGAAAGCUUUGCUCAAGGUGGGAGAACAGUGAUCACAUCGCGGGUUUAUCCAACAAGGGCCAUAUAUGGAGCAGCCCGGCUCUUCCUUUUCAACAAUGCCACUGGAGCCAGCAUUACUGCCUCCCUCAAGAUAUGGAAAAUGAAUUCUGCAUCCAUCCAUUAGACCUUAUCCUGAUCAAUAAAAAUAUGCUACCUUCCAACAACGCCUUCCUUGUAUCAUUUAUGAUCUCAAUUCUCAACCCAUUUUUGUUUCCAUGAACUGCCAUUAAUUUUAAACGCAUAUUCCUAUCAGUGAUAUCUAUUGGCUCAAAAUGGAAGCAUAUGUAGAAAAUUUUGUCUGUAAUCAAGAGAAUAAAUUCUAGUUUUCCCUA